AUGGACGAAGAAUACAUGGAUUCCCAGGACUCUGGUAUGAAUGAAGUAAGCAAUAUCAAUGAGGGAAAUGGCAAUCUUAGUGAACCUCCGAAAGAUAUCGGAGAAGGUUUGGGUUAUGAAGAGAAUUACGAAGAUGAAGACGGCGGCAAUAGUUUCAGAGGUCGAGGCCGUGGAAACUUUAGGGGUCGUGGUAGGGGCCUACCUCCACCAGGAUGGAUGAAUGGGCCUCCACCACCAAUGAGGUUUCGUGGGCGGGGCUUUGGUCCAGGCGGCCCUCCCAUGCGACCCAGAGGUUUCUUCCGGGGUCCUCUACGAGGAGGCCCUCCUCGGUUCGGUCCCAAUGGCGGGCCUGGGUUCGAUGGAAACUGGGGUCCGAUGGGUCCACCUCCAGGUAUGAUGGGAGGUCCGCCCCCGUUUGGACCGCCCCCAGGUAUGAUGCCGCCGGGAGGACCUAUGGGCCCUCCUCCUAAUAUGAUGGGACAGCCGCCGCCUUUCGCUGGUCCGCCUGGGAUGCCGCCACCAAAUAUGCCUGCUCCAGAGUUAUGGGUGGAGACAAAGACAGAAGAUGGCAAAUCGUACUACUACCAUUCACGGACGCGGGAGACAACCUGGACUAGGCCGCAGGAGAGUCCCACCUGCAAGGUCGUUACGCAAGCUGAGAUGGAAGCUAUGGUUGCAUCAAGUCAGCAAAUGCCAGGCAUGAAUGGGCCACAGUCUAUGAUGAGUGGUCCGCCGAUGGGCGGGCCUCCGAUGGGAGGUCCCAUGGGUGGUGGGCCGCCUAUGGGUGGUGGACCUCCAAUGGGUGGUGGGCCUCCAAUGGGUGGGGGACCACCAAUGGGUGGUGGACCUCCUCCUAUGGGUGGUGGUCCUCCGAUGGGUGGAGGACCUCCUCCUAUGGGCGGGGGGCCUCCUCCUAUGGGCGGUGGGCCUCCUCCUAUGGGAGGUGGGCCUCCUCCUAUGGGCGGUGGGCCUCCUCCUAUGGGUGGUGGCCCUCCAAUGGGUGGUGGACCUCCAAUGGGGGUUAUGAAUGGCAUGAUGCCCGGUGGUAUGCUCCCUCCUGGAGUGGUACCAGGUCCAGCUCAGGGAUCAGUGCCGCCGUUCAUGACCCAGCCUCCACCAUGGAUAAAAGAUGGAGGCAACAAGGAUAAACAAGAGUCAGCAAGUCCGGUGGAUAGUGAUGAUGCCCCUCCUGGUGACGUUGCGCCUGCCACACAGCCUAAUGGUGGUGGUGGUGGUUUCCCCGGUCCGUGGGGCAACUGGGGAUGGGCGCCCCCUGGUGUGACCCAACACAACGGCCCGCCCAACGCUGGGCACAGUCCGGCGAGUGCCGCGAACGCACUCGCCUCUGCUGCUGUACCUGACAAAGGUGCAGCAACACAAAUGCCACAAAUGGUGACCACACCAGUGACGAUAGCUGAACCUACCAUAGUUGAACCUGUAGUGCAACCUGUAGCAAAGAAGGAAGAGACAGUGAUCCCUCCAGAACUGGCCGCCCAGGCAGCAGAGUGGACAACCCACAGAGCCCCCGAUGGUCGACCUUACUACUAUAACGCGGGCAAGCAGGAAUCAGUGUGGGAGAAGCCGGCACCCAUGAAGAAGCUUGAGGAGCUGCAAGCAAAGAUUGCUGCGGAGAAGGGAGAAGUGCCUGAAAAGAAGUUAGAGAAAAAUGAUAUAGAUGACAGUAAUGUGGAAGUGAUCGAUGUGGAAGCGCAUGCGGAGGCACACGCCGCGGCGCAGGCCGCGGCUGCCGAGGCCGCGCGCCGAGCGGCCGAGCGCGAGCGCGAGCGCGAACGUGAGCAAGCCGAGCGCGAGCAGGCCGAGCGAGAAAAGGCCGAACGCGAGAAAGCCGAGCGGGAGAAGGCCGAGCGUGAGAAGGCGAAGCAGGAUCGCAGCAGGCCCAUAUCGAGCACGCCGAUAUCGGGCACGCCCUGGUGCGUGGUGUGGACCGGCGACGGGCGCGUGUUCUUCUACAACCCCACGGCCAACUCGUCGGUGUGGGAGCGGCCGCCGCAGCUGGUGGGCCGCGCCGACGUCGACAAGGCCGUCAGCCAGCCGCCGCUGGAGCUGCAGCGCAAAGACAACGCGCCGGCCGCUACAGGCAACACAGCUAACGCAACAGGCAACGGCGAGCUGAAGAGGUCCGCAGACUCCGACAGCGACGACUCGGAUCAUGAACCAGCCAAGAAGGCUAAGCCUGAUGACAACGCGAGCAAGAAGGGCGGAGCAGCAGUGGGCGCCGGGUCGGUGAUCGAUGCGGGCAAGGAGGCGGCCGUGGAGGCGGAGAUCCGCGCGGCACGCGAGCGCGCGCUGCUGCCGUUCGAACAGCGCGUGCGCAGCUUCCUGCAGAUGCUGCACGAGAGCGAGGUGUCCGCCUUCAGCCCCUGGGAGAAGGAGCUGCACAAGAUCGUCUUCGACAGCCGCUACCUGCUGCUCACCUCCAAGGAGCGGAAGCAGGUGUUCGACAAAUACGUCCGUGAGAGAGCAGAGGAAGAACGUAAGGAGAAGAAGAACAGGCUGCAGCAGAAGAAAAAUGAGUUCAGGCAGCUCAUGGAGGAGGCUAAACUACACUCCAAGUCGUCAUUCUCGGAGUUUUCGUCGAAACACGGCCGCGACGAGCGUUUCAAGGCCAUCGAGAAGGUACGCGAUCGUGAGAAGUUCUUCAACGAGUACAUCGUGGAAGUGCGCAAGAGGGAGAAAGAAGAGAAGGAAAAGAAGAAGGAGCAGGUAAAAUCUGACUUCAUAGCGCUUCUGAAAGAGAAGUCAGUGGGCAGACAUUCAAGAUGGGCAGAAGUCAAGAAGAAGGUAGACCUCGACCCGAGGUACAAGGCAGUGGAAAGCAGUACCCUAAGGGAAGAUUACUUUAGAGAGUACUGCAAGUUAGUGAAGGACGAGAGAAAAAAGGAAAAGGACGGCAAAGAGAAGGAACGUGACCGGAGUAGUAGUAAAAAAGAGAAGAAAGACAAAGAAAGAGACAAGGAAAAAGACAAGGAGCGCGACAAGGACAGCAAGAAGGAGAAAAAGAAAGAGAAGACUGGUGACCCGGCGCCAGAGGGCGACACUUCGGUGCAGGAGGAGGAAACGGAAGCGACGGAGGCUGAGGAGGCGGAGGAGGAGGCGCCGGGAAGUCCGGGAGCGGCGGCCAGGGAGCGGGAGCUUCGCGCGCAGGCUUCCAUCAAAGAGCGCGAGCGGGAGGUCCAGCGCGCGCUCGCCACCAGCCUGCGAGACAGGGACAAGGAACGCGAGUACCACAAACGGGACGAGGCUGUGCAGCACUUCAACGCUCUUCUAGCGGACCUGGUGAGGAAUCCGGAUCUGACGUGGCGGGAAGCCAAAAAGCAGCUGAAGAAGGACCAUCGGUACAAAUUAGCAGAGCUCCUCUCCAAAGAUGAUAAGGAGCGUCUGUUCUCCCAGCACACGAGCACGCUGGCGAGCAAGCGGCGCGACAAGCUACGCGCCUUGCUCACGGAGCUGGGCGUGUCGUGCACGGCGCGCUGGCGGGAUGUCAAGGAGCAGCUGCAGCAGCAGCCCACAGCGCCGGCGUACUCCAGCGCUUCACUAAUGGAACGCGAAUUCCGUGACUACCAGCGGGAUAAGCAGAGUGCAGCGAAGACAGCGUUACGGCAACUGUUAAUGGAGAGCCGGAGUAUAACUCACCGCAGCUUGACCGCCGUCAAGGAAAACAACGCAGCGCUACAGACCAUACAGGACUCGUUGCAGCACGACGCAAGGUAUGGAGCACUGGAGCACGCGCCCGAUGAGCGGCUGCAGAUCAUCAUGGCGUACCUGGAGGAACUACACAAGAAGGGGCCCCCUCCCCCGCCGACCGCCAGCGAACCGACGAGACGCUCCAAGCAAUGA